AUGGAACUUGAUUUAACAGCUGAUCGUGAUGUAAUCGAUGUUUUUCAUCAUUCUCAGAGCUGUGGUGGUAUCAGCAAACGGAGAAAAUCAUUUGCAAUAACGAAAGGAAGAACGUUGAAUCUUGGAAGUUUGAAGGCUGCUUAUCCUUUUUCUCGAAUUACAAAUUUAUUUGAUGAUAAACGUCACCGAAUUAUGAACAGAAACAAGGAAGAACUAAAGCAAAUCUCAUCUCAGAAGCCUUUCAUUCUGGUAUCGUCACACGUAAAUAUGGACAAUAGUAAAAUUUCAUCAGACGAUUCGAUGACUUCACAUGAUACACCUCCAUUUUUAUCUCACAUGUAUAUUGAUCAAAAGAUUCAUUCAUUCAAUAGUAAAUUUAAUUAUUUAAAACCAUAUUUAUCAAAAGGUUCCAGAGGAUCUUUACCUUAUACACUUAAUAUACCUGAGUCUAUACCAGAGGUUUCUGUUUCACCACGUCGUCAUUCCGUAUCAUUCAAUCUAGUUGAUAGUCAUUCACAAAAUUCUUCGCAUCAUCAACGUUCAGGUUCAUCAUUACUGGACGAUAUCAUAAUUGAACCCAUUGAAUUUGAGAGAUGUUUAUCUCCUUUAAGGGCAUGUGAUCUAGCUGCACCAUGUAGUAAUACAUUCGAAGAAGUUCUAAAAACACUUAAACAAGACAACCGCGAUGAUCGUUAUAGCAAUGAUGAAUUUAUUGGUUAA